CCGGACGAAUGGGGAUGGACAUGGCGUUGGUGUAUUCGUCACUUCCUAGCCAAUUUCCAACACAAAUUUGGCAAGAAGAAAGACAUAAGAGAUCAAUUAUGGAGUGCAGCGGUUGCACAUCAACCAAAAAAGUACGAGCAGAAGAUGAAGACGAUCCGUCAAAUACACCGGGCGGGAGCAGUAUGGGCAGAAGGUCAAGAUCUGCACAUGUGGACAUUUCACAUGGACAACGGGGCUAGAUUCGGAAUUGCAACUACCAACCAUGGGGAGAGCAUAAAUGGAGUCUACAAGGGCAUUAGGGCAAUGCCUGUAUCUGUCCUAGUGGAGAUGACAUACUGGAAGGUAAACGAGUGGUUUGUGAAGAGACGGGAUGCUGCUAUAGGGAGGGAGCGUGCUGGUCAUUCAAUAGCUAAGCAUAUAUUUGAUGGCAUGCAGAAGAUCGAAGAGAAAUCAAGUAAGCACAGAGUUGUUCUGUUCAACCGCAAUGAG